AUGAGUGCGACUUAUGUUGACCAACUGUUAAAUUCCACCCUCAUUCAGACGAUACUUGCGUACGUCGACCACGUCCCGCACAUCUGCAGCGAGACUCUAUUAUCCCUAGCGGACAGGAGAGCCGUGCAAGAGCUGCUGGCGGGGAUUCCGCAGUCGCUGCGGUUCGACGACUUCCAGUCCACGCUGCUCUACAGCUUCUUGCUCUUGUUCACAAUCAACAUUGUUCUCAUCUGCAUUGCCUGGAGUGUGUUUGGAAAGAGCAUUUGUGAACGGUUUAUGAAACCAGCUACUUCUAAGGCUAUCGAAGAAUUAAAAGCAAGUGUAUCGAGACUAAAACUUCCCAAAGAACACACACCACGGAUCUAA